AUGGAGGAUGAUAGUACAUUUAUUGAAUAUGGAGUUGAAAUUGAAAUGAGCACUGAAGAGUCAAUCCACUAUAUGUCUGAGUCUGGUGAUCAUACUGAUAAUGAUGAAACAGAAGACGAUGUACAGGUUGACCAACAAAUGUAUGACUCGGACUUCAAUGGUGACGAUGGUGAUGAAUCAGAAGGCAGAGAUGCUGAGAUAAACAAUGAUGAUGGGAAUAAUUUCGAAGACCAGAGCGAGCAAGAUUUCUCAGGAGAAGGUGAACUGGGUUUUGACAACACUUGUUGCAUAACAAUUGAUUCUCUUCAGGAUAUCCUACGUAUUGAUCUGAAAAACUUAUGUCCAUUAGACACGAGUUCGUACGAAUUUUGUGAUGCUGAGGUAGCCUACUUGUUUUAUAAGUGGUAUGCUAGAGUUAAUGGAUUUGCUGUGCGGAAAAACAAUAUUCUGCGAGAUAAAACAGAAGAAGUUAUUCAGAGAAGGUAUGUUUGUAGUAGACAAGGAAAACGUCGAGAUAAUGACAACAGGGUGCGUAAAGUUAGACCUGAGACAAGAUGUUGGUGUCUGGCGGAAUUUGUGAUUCAUGUAGACAAAAGCAGUGGACGUUGGCGUGUGAAACGAUUUGUUGAUUCCCAUAGUCAUGACCUACUUCCUGAUGAAUACACAACAAUGAUUGCAUCCCAUAGGUCUAUGGGUGAAGCUGAUAUAUUGCAAAUGAAUAAUAUGAGGAAGGCAGGUUUGAGGGGUACUGAUAUAUUCAAGUCAUUUGCAGGUCAGUCAGGUGGUUUUUAUAACAUGGGGUAUAAUCUGAAAGACAUGCACAACCAGAUUAGUAGGCAAAGAAGGUGGGAACCAUCGGAUGCAACUGCUGCUAUAGAGUACCUUCGUGGCUUGAAAAAGAACGAUUCAUUGAUAUAUUGUCGUGAGAAGGUGAGCGACGAAGGGAGACUUGAAUUGUUAUUUUGGAGCGAUGGAAUAAGCCAAAUGAGUUAUCAGGUAUUUGGUGAUGUUCUUGCAUUCGAUGCAACAUAUGGUAAAAAUAAGCACAAAUGUCCGUUUGUUGUGUUUUGUGGCAUAAAUCACCAUAACAAGACAACGAUUUUUGCUUCUGCAAUAGUUACAAAUGAGACAGAAGAAACUUACGUGUGGCUACUAGACAAUUUUCUUCGAGCAAUGAAAGGAAAGGCACCUUCUUCGGUCAUAACUGACGGGGACCCAAGAAUGAGGAAUGCUAUAAAACGAGUGUUUCCAAGGGCACACCAUCGGUUAUGUGCAUGGUAUCUUCAGAAAGGUGCUGCAAAACAUGUUCAAAUUACAGAUUUCACUAGACAGCUUAGCAAAUGUAUGUAUUUUGAUCUUGAAGUGCAUGAAUUUGAGAGACUGUGGGCUGAUGUUGUAGCAAGGCAUGGAUUAGAGGGAAAUGAAUGGGUUUCUGAUCUAUUGGCAGGUUUGUAA